ACUCCACAAAGUGUUUAAUAAUUUUUAUGUUAGCACAGAGGUUGUUGGUCUCCUUUUGGUUUCUUGUGCUUUUCAUUUGGGAAAAUAUGUCUAUUAGCUGUAUGCUCUAUUAGUGCUUCUACUAGCAAAUAAUAAAACUCUCUCUCUCUCUCUCUCUCUCUCUCUCUCAUGGCUUCUAUUGUUGUUGCGCUGUUGAUCUUCUUUAUCCUCUUUGCAGCCAUAGAAGCUCAAAAAAAGACCUCCAAUGUAAUAAGAUUGGGUUCUUCUCUGUCCCCCAUCCGCAAACCCAAUUCAUGGCUCUCACCUUCAGGCCUUUUCGCAUUCGGUUUCUACCCAGAAAAGAACGGAUUUGCUGUAGGAAUAUGGAUAAUUGGUCACCCAAACAACACUGUUGUCUGGACUGCAAAUCGAGACUACCCACCUGUGUCCUCAAACUCCACAAUUGAGUUUACCAGUGAUGGUAGGCUCAUUUUAAACCAUACCCAGCAAGCCACAGAGCUGGAUAUUGCUGGUUUCAAUGUUGAUGUCAAUACAGGCCGAAGCCGUCGUGCUGUCUCUGCUCAUCUGCUCGACUCUGGCAAUUUCAUGUUGUACGACAACGAUUCUUCUGUUAUUUGGCAAAGCUUUGAUUCCCCAACUGACACCAUACUAGGAAACCAAACUCUGUACCGUGAUGGAGAACUAGUUUCUAGUGUGUCAAGCUCAUCAGACCACUCACGUGGCCGUUAUUGCCUUCUAAUGCAGGACGAUGAAAAUCUCGUCGCCUACCCAGUAAACAGUACUCGCCCUGACCCUGCUGACGCUUACUGGGCCUCUGAUACUUCAGAUCUAAAAAUGAAUUCGUACACGAACUUGAAUCUCAAUUUUAAUGGUGUUCUCUUCCUCGGUGAAAAUAUUUCCAAUAUACAACAUACUUUGGCGAACAGCUCCAUCUCCUCAAUUGUGGGGAACAUUAACCAUUCUGUAAAUGAAAUAAUUUAUCGCGCAACACUUGAUGAUGAUGGGAUUUUUAGGUUGUAUUCACACAGAUUUGUGAGAAAUAAGACGGGCUCAAUGGUGUCAGUGCAGUGGUCUGCAUUUCAGGAUCGCUGUCAAGUCGUUGGUUUCUGUGGAUUGAACAGUUAUUGCUCGAGCAACGGCUCUAAACCAGAAUGUUAUUGUUAUCCUGGCUUUGUUCCUUUCAACCCCGGUAAGAAGUUCCUGGGUUGCUACAGGAAUUUUACAGAACAUCGUUGCAGAAGCGAAAAAGGAGGUCCUGGAUUAGUGAACAUUACUAGUUUGGAGAAUUUAAGGUGGCGAGGCCAUUCUUACUCUGCUGUACCAAUGAAGAAGGAAGAUUGCAGGAAAUCUUGCCUGGAAGAUUGUAAUUGUGGGGCAGCGCUGUAUUUUAGCAGACAAUGCAGAAAACAUAAGCUUCCACUGAGAUACGGUGCUAGAAAUUUGAGGGAUUCGACUACAGCUUUUAUCAAGGUUAGUUUAGGAACAAGUGGUGCUGCUAAAAUUCCCCAUCAAUUAACCCCGGAUAGUCCGUCCAAUCCGAUAGUUGUGAUUGAAAACAAACGGCAUCUCAUUUCAAUUCUUGCUGUGAGUUUGGGUUCCCUUGCGUGCCUCUGUAUUGUCAUAGCAAGUUCUACUUUCUUUGUAUACAGGCACCGAGUUCACAAGUACAAGAAGUUGUCGAACAACACAAAAUUGGGCCUAACGACUGAAGAGUUCAGCUUGCGGUCAUUUUCUUACAACGAGCUUGAAGAAGCGACACAAGGUUUCAAGGAAGAGUUGGGUAAGGGUUCGUUUGGAACAGUUUAUAAAGGGACUCUAUCUGGAGGCGGUAACAAAAAUAUUGUUGUUGCUGUUAAGAGACUAGAGAAUGUUCCAGAGGAAGAUGAAGACAGCCACAGGGAGUUCCGGUUCCAAACAGAGGUGACUGCAAUCGGGCGAACACAUCAUAGGAACUUGGUUCAAUUACUUGGUUUUUGUGUGGAGGGCCGGAGGAAGCUUCUUGUCUAUGAGUACAUGAGUAAUGGCUCGCUUGCAAAUGUUUUGUUCAAAGCAACCGAUCAUCAGAGACGUCCUGGUUGGAAAGAAAGAGUGAGGAUUGUUCUUGAUAUCGCUAGAGGGAUUCUCUAUCUACAUGAAGAAUGUGAAGCCUGUAUCGUUCACUGCGGUAUAAAGCCUCAAAACAUACUCAUGGAUGAUUCUUGGACUGCCAAGAUCUCUGAUUUCGGUUUGGCAAAGCUUUUACUACCAAAUCAUACGACAAGCAUUACAGGACGAUCCAGAGGAGUAACAGUAAGCUCUGGCCCGGUGUCAUCUUACUUGGCACCUGAGUGGCAGGGGCAGCAGCAAAAACAGCAACAGCAACUGUGGAAGCAAGACUUGAUAUCAGUAAAAGCGGACAUAUACAGUUUUGGGGUAGUGUUGUUGGAGGUUAUCUGUUGCAGGAGGAACAUAGAGGUUAAUGUGUCCAAUGCAGAUGAGAUAAUUCUUUCUACUUGGGUAUACAAAUGCUUUGUGACCGGAGAGUUGUAUAAGCUUGUUGGGGAUGAAUGGGAUGAAUGCGAUGAAGAAAUUAGGGCAGACUUGAAGACAUUGGAAAGAAUGGUGAAGGUGGGAUUAUGGUGUGUUCAAGAUGAUCCUGGUCUGCGCCCUUCCAUCAAGAGUGUCAUCUUGAUGCUGGAAGGAACCAUGAACAUAUUGGUCCCCCCACACCCGUCCCUUCUGGAUAAUACAUGAUGGAUCCAUGUCCCCGGUUUCCUUUCUGCAUAAUCCAUGAUCGAUCCAUGUUUGCUAGAAGGAAUCAUGUAUGUGUUUGUUUGUUUUUGUUUGCAUGUUUGUGAUUGUGCGCAUGAGUGUACUUGUUGCCUUUUAAUUAUAUACUUUUCUUAUAAAUGUUA